UGCAACAAAUGUUCGUUCUUUUUUGCUUUCCAGAUAAACUGUUCUAUAUUUACACUUCGGGCACGACGGGUCUGCCUAAGGCUGCCAUCAUCGUCCAUUCGAGGUAUUACCGCAUGGCGUCGUUGGUGUACAAUGGAUUCCGGAUGAGAUCGGACGACGUGGUUUACAAUUGCCUCCCCUUGUAUCACUCCGCAGGUAACAUUGUGGGCGUGGGGCAGUGCCUCCUCCACGGGCUGACGGUGGUGGUGCGGAAGAAGUUCUCUGCUUCUGGCUUCUGGGACGACUGCGUCAAGUACAACUGUACGGUGAGCCAGCGGGAGACACAACGCAAGGAGCGGGAUUCUCUUUUUCGUAUUUUAAAAUGA